GACGAUGAAUUUGGUUACAUGUUGGCGGACAUCCUUGAAGAAAACAAUGUGGAUAUCUCAGGAAUGAGGUUUGAUAAAAAUGCAAGGACUGCAUUGGCGUUUGUUAUCCUAAGAGCCGAUGGAGAGCGUGAGUUUAUGUUUUUUCGGAAUCCUAGUGCUGAUAUGCUUCUUACCGAAGCAGAGCUUGAUAAAGAGCUAAUCAAGCAGUCAUUGAUCUUUCACUACGGAUCUAUCAGUUUGAUUGAGGAACCAUGCAAAUCAGCUCACAUAGCAGCAAUGCAAGUGGCUAAGAAAGAAGGCUGCAUUCUUUCAUAUGAUCCUAAUCUGAGACUCCCUCUCUGGCCAUCAGCUGAAGCUGCUCGAAAAGGCAUCAUGAGCAUCUGGGAUCAAGCGAAUGUUAUCAAGAUUAGUGAGGAAGAAAUUGUAUUCUUGACUGAAGGCGGUGAUCCUUAUGAUGAUAACGUCGUUUUGAAAAAGCUUUUCCACCCGAAUCUUAAGCUUUUGAUAGUCACUGAAGGUCCUAAUGGUUGCAGAUACUACACCAAGGAUUUCCAUGGCAAAGUUGGUGGCGUAAAGGUUAAUAAGUGUGUUGAUACAACAGGUGCAGGGGAUGCCUUUGUUGGCGGCCUCCUUAGUAGUCUUGCUAUAAAUAUUCAGCUCUUCAAGGACGAAAAGAAGCUAAAGUAUGCACUAAAGUUUGCAAAUGUUUGUGGCUCCAUCGCCGUAACAGAAAGAGGAGCAAUUCCCUCCUUGCCAACAAAGGAAGUUGUUCUUAAGAAGUUGGAGGAAGCCGGAGCCUAA